UGAUGCCGUGGUUCCUUGUCCAAACCGCCAGGGACACAUCACAUGCCGGAUGCGCCUCCAACGCUCGAUGAUACAACUGGAGAAGGACAAGACAGUCCAACCAAUCAUGAACAAGAUGUUGGAGAUUGGAGACAUGGUCCCGUGCUCCCCACAUUCUACAACCCCACGAUCCGCCAGCGAGCCGAGGCAGACCGAUCGAUGCCCGGCCUCUCGUUUUGGGUCUUGUUGAAGCAACACCCGCCGUUUUGGGCUGGGGAACCGAGAACCCGAGCAAAAGGAAGAUCCCGAGAGGUCGACGGCUUCGGCACCCAAGAACCAUUCGGAGCCAUUGAGGUGCAUCAAGCCCCUGCCUGCUGUUCCGCUCCUGGAGACAAUGUUCCGCAGCCAUGUGUUCAAUAAAAGGCUCCUCAGCUACCCAAUCCACGGUGUGCUGCUUCAGUUGUGUCUUGAUCUUUUGUUUCCAGUUUGACCCUCAUCAUCAUCAUCUUCUUCUUCUUCUUCUUCAUCCUUCUAUUUCUCCUCUGGGACUCAAGUAGACGAAUCGUGUAAUUCUUGUUGUUUAUAUUCAGUCCUCCACAUAUAUACCCAUACACAUAUACACAUAUCCCCAAAAUGACCAACGUAUUAAACGUCCCCGACAAGACCUUCACCCGCGAGGAGGUCAAGAAGCACAACACCGAGGACAGCACGUGGUUCAUCAUCGACUCCGUCGUCUACGAUGUCUCCGAGUUCCUCGACGCCCACCCCGGUGGUGAGGCCGUCCUCCGCCAGGUCGCCGGCCAGGACGCCACCUCGGCCUUCUACAACCUCCACAGGCACGAGGUGCUGAUCAAGUACAACGACCUGGCCAUCGGCUCCAUCAAGGGCGAGAAGCAGUCCAUCAUCACCCCGCGGCCCGGCGACCUCUCGCCCGUCCCCUACGCCGAGCCCCUCUGGCUCACCCCCCAGUUCAAGAGCCCCUACUUCAACGACAGCCACCGCAGCCUCCAGAAGGCCAUCCGCAAGUUCACCGACGAGGUGAUCGCCCCCGAGGCUCUCGAGAAGGAGCGCACCGGCGAGCUCAUCAGCCAGGACCUGAUCGACAAGAUGUCCAAGGCCGGCAUCUUGCACAUGCGCAUGGGUCCCGGCAAGCACCUGCACGGCGUCAACCUGCUGGACGGCGCCGUCAAGGGCGAGGAGUUCGACUACUUCCACGACAUGAUCAUGGCGCAGGAGCAGGUGCGCGUCGCCUGCCGCGGCUUCCAGGACGGCAACAUGGCCGGUAUGGCCAUCGGCCUGACGUGCAUCCUCAACUACGGCGACAAGAACCCGGCUCUCAAGAAGCGCAUCACUGAGGAGGUCUUCGCCGGCAAGAAGAAGAUCUGCCUGGCCAUCACCGAGGCCUUUGCCGGCUCCGACGUCGCCGGCCUGCGCACCACGGCCACCAAGACCCCCGACGGCAAGCACUACAUUGUCAACGGCACCAAGAAGUGGAUCACCAACGGUGUCUUCUGCGACUACUUCGUCACCGGCGUCAAGACCGACAAGGGUUUGAGUGUCCUCCUCAUCGAGCGCGGCGAGGGCGUCGAGACCAAGCCCAUCAAGACCUCGUACUCGCCCGCCGCCGGUACCACCUACAUCACCUUCGACAACGUCAAGGUGCCCGUCGAGAACUUGCUCGGCGAGGAGAACAAGGGCAUCUACGUCAUCCUCUCCAACUUCAACCACGAGCGCUGGAUGAUGGCCUGCGCCACCAUCCGCUACAUGCGCCUCGUCGUUGAAGAGUCCCUCAAGUGGUCUCACCAGCGUCUUGUCUUUGGCAAGCGUUUGAUCGAUCAGCCCGUCAUUCGCCAAAAGUUGGCCAAGAUGAUUGCCCUGUGCGAAUCUCAUCAGUCUUGGCUCGAGACCAUCACCUACCAAAUGAACCACAUGCCCUACUCGGAACAAGCCAAGCACCUCGGCGGUCCCAUCGCCCUGCUCAAGAUGUCGUGCACGCGCGCCGCCCACGAGAUCGCCGACGAGUCCGUGCAGAUCUGGGGUGGUCGUGGCCUGACCCAGACCGGCAUGGGUCGCGUCAUUGAGAACUUUAACCGCGGCUACAAGUUCGAUGCCAUUCUCGGUGGUGCCGAGGAGGUCCUUGGCGAUCUUGGUGUCAGGCAGGCUAUGAAGUUCAUGCCCAAGGCUGUCUUGUAAGUCUCAAGGGUUGGAUAAGAAGAAGAAGAAAAAGAGAAAUAAAACAAAGUAAAAAAGGGGGGACAGGGCAGGAUAGGAUAUGAUGGCGCCGAGGCCGUGAAUGGACGGUGGGCGGUGUUGAUGAUGUAGUCUACAGUCCAGUGCUGGCUUGCUUGUUACUACCUAGCUUGGUACCUAGGUACCCCGUUGUUGCAUGAAUAGCGCUCGAUUUCUGUUAUUUACUUACACUACUAUCAUGGUCAUUCUGGACACCACCUUUGGUCGUG